CUCGUCCACAAUAGAUGCCGUAGAGAGUCUCUGUGAACCUGUUAUAAUGCAGGCAGCCGCACAGCUUCCUACCGUAUAGACAUCUGCAUUCAUCCAGGCAAUGUAGCCCCAAACGCCGACUUGCCCUUUUCAUCGCAUUUCUCCCGUGACCGGUUAGGGUCGUGAGGCGCGACCUGGUGUGCAUCUGAUCAUAUUUUACUCGCCAGCACAGAUUCGCUGAGACAUGUCACAUAUGCAGCAGGCAGCUGAGCGGGUGAAAUGGAGCAAGGAGGCGACCCUUAAGAAAGCAGCCUUACUGCUGGCUGCGGCGUAUGGAGCGAAGAGCCUGUACCCCAUCCUCUGCAGGCAGUUCAGACGGAAGGACAGAAGCCCGUGCAGGCAUGCACAAGGCAAGCAUGCCGGCGGGACUCCCGUCCACACAUCCCCGGCUGUCAAUGCAGAGUUUUACAGGCAGCUUCUUGAGCUCAGGAAAAUCCUCUUUCCCAAACUGGUGACCAGGGAGCUGGGGCUGCUGUCUCUGCACUCUGUGGCUUUAAUAUCCCGGACGUUUCUGUCGGUCUACGUCGCUGGUUUGGACGGUAAAAUAGUAAAAAGUAUAGUGGAGAAGAAGCCAAGGAGCUUCCUGGUGCAGCUGAUGAAAUGGCUGCUAAUUGCCAUCCCGGCCACUUUCGUGAACAGCGCAAUCCGCUACCUGGAGUGCAAGCUGGCGCUGGCCUUCCGCACUCGCCUGGUGGACCAUGCGUACGAGACCUAUUUCGCUGAUCAGACUUAUUAUAAGAUCAUUAAUAUGGACGGCAGGCUGGCAAACCCCGACCAGUCCCUGACUGAGGAUAUCAUGAUGUUCUCCCAGUCCGUAGCACACUUGUAUUCCAAUCUCACCAAGCCCAUACUGGACGUGGUGCUAACAUCUUACACGCUCAUCCAGACUGCUAGAUCCAGAGGAGCUAAUCCCCUGGGGCCUACUCUACUGGCUGGGCUGGUGGUUUAUGCAACGGCCAAAGUGCUUAAGGCUUGUUCGCCUAAAUUUGGCAAACUGGUGGCAGAAGAGGCUCACAGAAAGGGUUACCUGCGCUACGUCCACUCGAGGCUCAUAGCCAAUGCUGAAGAGAUAGCGUUCUACAGAGGUCACAAGGUAGAAAUGGCAAAACUUCGCAACAGUUAUAUGGCUUUGGCAGAACAAAUAAAUCUUAUUCUCUCUAAACGUCUAUGGUAUGUCAUGGUAGAGCAGUUCCUGAUGAAGUAUGUAUGGAGUGGAAGUGGCCUAGUUAUGGUUGCUGUGCCCAUCAUUACCGCAACAGGGUUUGCGGAUGGAGAAUUGGAAGAUGGACAGAAACAAGCAAUGGUGAGUGAACGUACCGAAGCCUUCACUACAGCCCGAAAUCUGUUGGCUUCAGGAGCAGAUGCCAUUGAAAGAAUCAUGUCUUCCUACAAAGAGGUUACAGAGUUAGCAGGAUACACGGCAAGAGUAUACAAUAUGUUUUCAGUCUUCAAUGAAGUUAAACAAGGAAUAUACAAAAGAUCUUUAAUUCAAGAAACAAAUAAACUAAAAAAGAAUGAAGAAUUAACAGAACUUCAUAUUGAUGGACCUUUGCACAUCAAAGGUAAAGUAAUAGAUGUUGAUCAUGGAAUCAUCUGUGAAAAUGUCCCUAUCAUUACCCCCAAUGGAGACGUGGUGGUUUCCAAGCUGAACAUUAAAGUAAAGGAAGGAAUGCACCUUCUAAUUACAGGCCCCAAUGGAUGUGGAAAAAGCUCUCUCUUUAGAAUAUUGGGAGGUCUGUGGCCUGUUUAUGAAGGUGUCCUCUAUAAGCCACCUCCUGAAAAGAUGUUCUAUAUUCCACAAAGGCCAUAUAUGUCCAUUGGGACCUUAAGAGAUCAGGUCAUUUAUCCAGACUCAAUGGAUGACAUGCAUGAAAAAGGCUAUCAGGACCGUGACCUGGAACGCAUACUUGAUAUUGUACACCUUAAUCACAUAGUUCAAAGAGAAGGAGGUUGGGAUGCAAUUAUGGACUGGAAAGAUGUUCUGUCAGGAGGUGAAAAGCAGCGGAUGGGUAUGGCACGCAUGUUUUAUCAUAGGCCACAAUAUGCGUUGCUAGAUGAAUGCACAAGCGCAGUGAGCAUCGAUGUGGAAGGAAAAAUAUUUCAAGCUGCCAAAAAUGCUGGGAUUAGUCUUCUUUCGAUAACGCACCGACCAUCACUAUGGAAGUAUCACACGCACUUGCUACAGUUUGAUGGAGAAGGAGGCUGGCGCUUUGAAGAACUGGAUACUGCCACACGUCUCUCUUUAAGUGAAGAAAAGCAAAGACUGGAAUCACAGCUAGCUGGGAUUCCUAAAAUGCAGCAGCGCUUAAAUGAACUGUGUAAAAUCCUCGGAGAAGAUUCAGUGCUUAAAACGAUCCAUGACGAUGAGUAAAUUAUUUUAAUGUGUCAAUGACCGUUCCAUUUUAUUUUAAUAACAAAUUAGUCAGCGCAGAGAUUAGGAUGUGCUAAUGAACACACUGCAUGAAGGAGUUGAUCAAUGCGAUCUGGUUUGCAAUAUAUAAAAACAGAAUAAUGUUACUAAUGUUAACAUUUGUUACUGCAUCAAAGGAUUUAAUAUCUAUACUGGAAAAUGACCCUCCAUGAUAAUAUUGAUAUAUAAAUCCAAUGUGUACCAAACACGGGUUCAAAGAAGCUUUUUCAUAGCCUGUGAUUUAGGACAUUAUUUAAGUUUUUAUAUUUAAAUUAUAUUUGGGA